CCUGUUGCUAUUUAUUUUUCACCUACACACUGGAAUUUUGACAACUAAUAUAUAUUGCAAAAAUUAACACAAAAAUUUACAGUUGUUUACAUUACAGAUUUACAUAGAAAACUUUAAAAUCAAAGAAAGUUUUAAAAUGCCUUUGUAUGAAACGGUAAUGCAAGAGAAGCCUCCAGUUGUUUUGGACAUUGGAACUGCAUAUACUAAGCUGGGCUUUGCGGCAGAGGCGUAUCCACGUAAAAUUAUACCAUCCGAAGUUAUUCUGUCCGUAAAUGGCAAAACAAAGAAUAUCUUUGACUAUGAGGAUAAACUUGAAUUUUACGAUCAGAUAAUUGAAUUUUUACAAACUAUAUUCUUUAAAUAUCUUUUAGUUAGUCCUAAAGAAAGGAAAAUCGUUAUAGUGGAGAAUGUUUUUGGUCAAAUAAUAGUUCGCGAAACUUUGGCAAAAGCAUUAUUUCGCCACUUUGAAGUUUCUUCGGUUUUGUAUGUGCCUUCACAUAUGAUUGCCCUUUCCACAUUAGCGGUACCCCAUGGAGUUGUUAUAGAUAUGGGUUAUAGUGAGACUACUGUUAUGCCAGUUUUCAGUGGUGUACAAAUAAUGCAAGCAUUCCAAGAUCAGAAAUAUGGUGGAUAUGCUUUGCAUGAGGAAAUUAAGCGUCAGUUAUUGCAGGAGGGUGUAAAAGAAGAGUAUCUUACAGAAUCAGUAUUAGAGGAUAUAAAAGUUCGUGCUUGUUUUGUAACAAAAUUAAAAAGAGCUCAGGACUAUCUUAACAAUCAGCCACCCCAAUCUCCACCCAGUGUGGAUUAUCCCAUUGCGGAUAAUGAGAUUAUUACCGUACCAGGCAAAGUUCGGGAAACCGCAUUCGAAAUUCUAUUCGAAGAAAAUAAUGAUCGUGAUAGUUUGCCACAUUUAAUAAUAAAAUCAAUUCUUCGUUGUCCACGCGAUAUCCGACGCGUUUUAACUGAAAACAUUUUUGUGGUGGGUGGAAGUUCUAUUAUAAUGGGUUUAUUGCCGCGUCUUAAAGAAGAACUCCAGCAUUUAGUUGCCAACGACAAGGAAUAUAAAGAAAAACUGCAUGGCGAUAUAACAUUUAAGUUUCAUAAAACUAUUGGUCGUCCCAACAUAGUUAACUGGCUGGGAGGUUCUUUGUGCGGUGGUACCGAUUUGGUUAAUACUCGUUCUUUAACUAAAGAGGCGUAUAUAAGACUAGAACGUGUACCCGAUUGGAGUUGUUUGGAUGAUAAUCGCAUGUCGGGUUGAUAUUUUUAAUUAUGUAUAUUUAUUCUCGUUGUGAACAAAAAGUAAAUAGAUGAUGGAUAUGCUUAAUAAAUUAAUAAUACCCUACUAAAUAUAACAUUCUACAUAUAA